AGUUUUUGUUAGGGAUUUGUCGUGGCGUCACAUCCGGAGGAGAGCUACUUUUUUUGUUGGGACCUGGGAGAGAAAAUUAUCCCGCAGAGGUAGCGAGCAGGAACGCAAGGAGAAAAAAAAAACCUAGAAAAGAAGCCAGUUACAAACCAUGGAGAUGUGCGAGCUCUCUGUUUAGACGUCUACGAUGCAAGCGGGCGUGCUUUCACCGUGAAAAUCCUCCCUGGAGCUUUCUGUGUGGUACUGUUCCCCUCCCUCUCUCCCAUCAUGCUGAGUUUCCUGCGCAGGACGCUGGGGCGACGCUCCAUCCGGAAACACGCGGAGAAAGCCCGGUUACGAGAGGCCCAGAGGGCCACGACGCACAUCCCUGCUGCAGGGGACGCACAGUCCAUCAUCACCUGCCGGGUCUCCUUGCUGGACGGGACGGAUGUCAGUGUUGACCUGCCGAAAAAAGCCAAAGGUGAGGAACUGUUUGAGCAGAUCAUGUACCAUCUGGACAUCGUCGAGAAAGACUACUUCGGACUGCGAUUCAUGGACUCGGCACAAGUGCCACAUUGGCUUGAUGUCACAAAAAGUAUCAAAAAGCAAGUGAAAAUUGGUCCACCAUACUGCCUUCACAUGAGAGUCAAGUUCUAUUCGUCAGAACCAAACAACCUGCACGAGGAACUCACCAGAUACCUAUUUGUAUUACAGUUAAAACAAGACAUCCUCAGCGGCAAGCUAGAAUGUCCGUUUGACACAGCGGUGGAGUUGGCUGCUUUCUCACUACAGGCUGAGCUAGGGGAUUGUGACCCAUUAGAGCAUCAUCUGGACAUGGUGUCAGAAUUUCGCUUCAUCCCUGAUCAGACGGAGGAUGUGGAGCUGGCUAUAUAUAACACAUGGAAGGAGUGCAGAGGUCAGACACCAGCUCAAGCUGAGAUAAACUACCUGAAUAAAGCCAAGUGGCUAGAGAUGUAUGGCGUGGACAUGCAUAUGGUCAAGGCAAGAGAUGGUAAUGAGUACAGUCUGGGUUUAACUCCAACUGGAGUUUUGGUAUUUGAAGGAGAAACCAAGAUCGGGCUGUUCUUCUGGCCUAAGAUCACUCGGUUGGAUUUCAAGAAGAGCAAACUGACGCUUGUGGUAGUGGAGGAUGAUGAACAGGGCAAAGAGCAGGAGCACACCUUUGUCUUCAGGAUGGACCACCCCAAGGCCUGCAAGCAUCUCUGGAAGUGUGCUGUGGAACACCAUGCUUUCUUUAGACUGAGGGGUCCGGUACAGAAGAACUCUGCACGCUCUGGAUUCAUACGCAUGGGAUCACGCUUCAGAUAUAGUGGAAAGACCGAGUAUCAGACAACCAAGGCUAAUAAAGCGAGACGGUCGGCCUCCUUUGAGAGAAGACCCAGUCGACGUUACUCCAGGAGAACCAUGCAGAACAGAGGACACUUCAACGCCCAGGGGAUUCUUUCCUCCGGCAAUGGAGUCAGCUCCAACAAAGACAGCAAGGUUUCUCCCGGUAGAGGUGCCUGGUCAGGCAUGCCUGUGGUCAGUGUGCCUACUUCCUCUGUUUGUGGACCAAUGGAAAUCGAGGCUUUGCCUAGGAGUCCAGGAGGUGAAAAAAGGAGCUUGCCCCUGGUUGCUGACCUGAUGGAGACGUGCAUCGAUGAUGUCCUCAGGGCUCCUGUAGCUCCUGCGGCGGCGGCGGCUACAGAAGAGGCCGGACCGAGCAGUGCCUACGCCCCCGCCGCCGCAGACGAUCAGCUCGGCCUCAGUGAAGCUGCAGCUCGUCUGAAGCAGCUGGAGUUAGAGAGUAGUCCACUCCUCACUACUCCAAAAAAUGUCAAUGUGAAUAUGGUCAUGAACAAUCAGGAUGAUGUGGUGAAGAUAACAGAGAAGUGUGGCCUGAACAGUACAGGCAGCAGUCCCAUCGUCACACCGCUGCGUACGCCAGAGGAUCUGAAGAGUAACAUCCUGAAAGCUCAAGUUGAAGCAGCUGCCCUGAAGGGUUCUAUGGAGGAACACGUCGUAAUGACUGGAGAUAAAAACUGUAACUUGCAAGAAGCCUCUGCCAGAUUGAAGGUGCGUACUGGGCGACUGGGCAGCAACUCGUCUCUCUCUGUAAGCAACCGUCCUGACGUCCAAGACUCCUGGGACCUGCUCAAACCGGCCUCACUGGUCUCACCUGCAGGCGCCAGUGCUGAGAAGUUAACUGAAGAUUUAAACCCCUCUGUUCCCAAGAUGUCCACUGACCCUGGCAGCGAAGGCUUGGCACCAAAGGUUAAAGCUGAGGAGGUUGACCUGCAAGCCACUGCCCCGCUGUCUGACAACCUUAUUGACUUUACUGAUCCGACUCCUGUGCUGCCACCAGUGCAGCAGCCCAAGCCUCUCAUCACGCCUCGCUGGAUCAUCCCCACAGCUGCUCCUUCUGGCGCCUUUACUAACGGCCUGCUCGACCUCGAGCCCCCCACUAAGGCAGCCCCUCUCCUCCCUGCAGACGGGGGAGCAGCUCUCACCCCAGCCCUCCCCCACCUUGCUUCUACACGCAUCACCACAAGCUCUGUGGGUCAGCCGCCAGCCUCGGAAGAUGGAGCCAAACCCAGAGGUCUGUUGACCACAGAGCUCUGAUGAAGAAAUGAGUUGCCGCCGUCGCAACGCUCAUUCUCCCGAACGCUUUCCCACUCGACCCCUCGACCCGCGCUCUCGCGAGCUAGCUGCGCCAGGUGAGCUGAACUUUGGGAGAGCAAAGAGGAAGGCGGAAAAGGAAGAGCAGCUGGGCAGCUCCACCGCAACCACCGGUCUCACUGCACCCACGGCGAUAAACAGACCGAACUGAAUCCAGCACACAGGUCAACAUUAGGAAGCACGUGUACACAUUUAGCAAAAUGCUUUUUACAACUUUUAGCUCCAGUUUUAACGUGUUACGAGCUCCUAACUUGUGAAUUCCCUGCUAGAGUUCCACUUGGUGAGCCGAUUUAUCCAUCCAGUCACUGUCUCCCAGUAGAUGAACGGAAGUCGUGUUUAGUACAGAGAUGAAGUCGGGGGCUCACACCCACAUAUCAUGGAACUCACGGCACUAACUCCAACACUGACUUAAGACUUGAAUGGUUGGUUGUCUUGUUUUAGUGGCCAGUCAUUCUGUUUUAGCAUUGGUGUUUCAUACCGCUGGACCUCUGCUACUCUGAGCUUUUUUUUUUAUUCUCUCACACAAAGCUGCUGAAGUACACUGGAUGAAGGACUGAAAAGACGGUAGAAAAGCUAGGAGGAGAAUGAUGACAAACAGCUGGACUCUUAACACGAUGAAACACAUUGCUAUGAUGUCCUAGUAGCACAAUACACUGUUUUUUUUUUCUUUUUUAAAGCUAGUCCAUACUACGUGUGAAAUUAGUCUACAGCAGCCACUGGAUAUGAAACCUUCACUGGAUUAUCUUUGUAACACUGGACAUGGAGAGACUUUUAUUUUUGUCUCAAUGGACGACCACAGAGCUGACCAUUUUAUUUUUUUUCAACUGAUGUUUUUAUUAUCCUCUUCUUAACGUUUGAUAUUUUUAAAUUUCCCAUCGUAGGGCUUUCUUGGAAUUCCCACACUAUUAUGGUAGCAGCAUCAUGAAGGACAUCACUAUUGAAAAUGAACUCCAGUCACUUUUUGGACCCGUCUUGUUCCCACUUUGGUUAAACCGUGUCACGACCUCUGAUUUAAAGUUUGUCACAAUUUGAUUCUAUACUUUUUUUUUUUCUCACACCUUCUUUUCACCUGUGGCCAUUUUCGUACACGUUAAUUUUAGCUUGUAAAUUGGAUAUGUAAAUGAAAGCCGGUCAGACUGCUCUCGACCAAACUGUGAUUUGACGUUUCUCUUAACAUGUUGUAGCUACUACCCUGCCUUAUGUAAAUGAAUGUAUUCUAAAUGUCUAAUCUGAGAAUGCUGGAGAUGCCACGGGACAAACACGUUAAACCCACCAUUGCUGAUAUAAUUUAGGACCGGAAGAAAACCUGUUUAAUAUCUUGAAAGCAGAUAUUGUACAUGGGGAAAGUGAGACCUACUUCUACACUUUCUGAGUUAUUCAGUGUUUGACUUUGACUCUUAAAUGGUAGAGUUGUAGUUCUCGUGAUUAAAAAAACAAAACAAAACAAAAAAAAAAUCUGUUGUUAUCGUAAUCACCAAGUCAGGACCCUCACUGGGAUUCUGUCUGUAGUUCUCAGUAUCUGUCUGAACAAGGGAAGCUGACUGUUGUACCAAGUCUUAUUAGCAGUGACAGUAUUUAUGCUACUACUCGGUGUAACUGUUGAAGUACUACAUGAUGUCCAAAAGUGUCGUAGCAUACAGUUAAUGUGUUGUCAGUACUAUGGCACCAGCUGGCUGUAGAUAUGAAGUAGAAUUAUAUACAUAUAUAUAUAUUUUUUGAAAAUGACAUUGUCAGUGUAGUUACUACAUUCUGAUGAAAUCAGCCUUCAGGUGUUUUACAAACGAAGUAGGAGACGUGUUACUGAUCAGACUGACUGGAAAUACGCUGAGAUUGUUACGUCUCAAAUGCAGUUUUAUAUAAACUUUUUUUUUUUUCUUUUCUGGAAUACCUGAUCAUGAUUCAGUAAAGCUUUGCUACAGUAGGA